AUGCAGAACAGAACUGGCCUAAUUUUCUGUCUUCUCGCCCUCCUGACGGGCUUCCUGAUGGUCUGCCUGGGGGCUGCCUUGCUUUCCUCUGUCUCCAUAACAAACUGUAGGGGCAGCCUCAUCGUGGCCUAUGUGCUUCUAUCUCUGGGGUUUGUGAUCCUUCUGAGUGGAAUUUUCUGGAGCAGCUACUGCCAGGCGAGUGAAAACAAAAGGGUGUUCAGCCAUGCACUCAGACAACACCUUGCUCGUGAGGCCCUGCCCCUGGCCACAGUGGACAGGCCAGACUUUUACCCUCCAGCUUAUGAAGAGAGCCUCCGUGCGCAGAAACAAACCUGCCCUGCAGAGGGAGAGGCCUCUGACGUUUCUCCACCUCCAUAUACAGAGACGGGCCUGGAAUUCCAGGAUGAAAACGAAGCCCACCCAGAGGCCCCGCCGUCCUACGCAGAGUCCACAGCCAACCUGGUGGCUGCAGUGACAUCAGAGGACGCUGAGAGGCAAAGCUGA